AUUGUAUAUUAAGAUAAUGGAUUCCAUUGUUUCUUCUGACCAGAAGCAGCUAGCUCGUGAGUUUUUGGAUUUGGAGGAGCUUCAUUCUCGGGAGGCUAGGUCUCGUGCUGUAGUACUUGAGAUUCUUGGUGACAUUCCUGAUGCUGACGUCGCUCCUCCGAAGAAUGUCUUAUUCGUCUGCAAGUUGAAUCCUGUGACUGAGGCUGAUGACUUGAAGUUGAUAUUUUCGAGGUUUGGUCCUGUGGUUAGUUGUGAUGUGAUUCGUGACUACAAGACUGGGGACUCACUUCAGUAUGCCUUUGUAGAAUUUGAAUCUGAAGACAGUUGCAAUGACGCAUACUUUCGUAUGCAGAACGUUUUGAUUGACGACCGUCGGAUCCAUGUUGACUUUUGUCAAUCUGUAUCUGGUUUUUGGAAGCGCUUCAAGGAUAAUCAAAGAUUCAGUCGUAUUUCUAAGAUGGCUGGAUCCACUUCACAUCGCAAGUCGCCUACAAGGCCAAUAUCGCGUGAUAUUCCAGGGGACAGGACUGUUGAUCGAUCAACAAGUGGCUCACCUGGUAGACAUCAACGCUCACGUAGCACUUCAGAGGAACUAAAGCGUACUCGUUACCAUCGGGAUAGGUACCGACGUGUAUCACCUGAUCGCAGGCGUAGUCGUCGUGAGCGUUCCUUCAGUAUAUCACCUGAUCGCAAGCGUACUCGCUAUCGUCAUCGUAGUAGCUCUUUUGACCCUAGUCCUCGAGGACGUAGGUCGGGUCGUUACCGCAGCAGAUCUCGCAGCAAAUCUCCUGGGCGCAAGCGCAGCCGUCAUCGCCACGACCGUCGCAGUUAAUUGGUUUUUGUACUAUUAAUAUAUAUCGGAGUA